AAGAUUGAAUCCAAAGCUAAGAUUGAAAAACAGAAAGCCGAGAUUGAAAAAUUGAAAGCUGAAUUUGAAACAAAAAUAACUCAACAAUCCAAAAAAUCUCGCCCUUCAGUUCUACCCAAAGAUUAUGAACAAAUGCAAGAAUUCUAUAAAGGUCAAGGUGAUCCUAGAUGGAAAAAUAUUAGUAGAGAAGAAGCACUACAGUG